AUGCGUCUCGCCAGCACUCUCGCGAGCCUCGUCGUCUUCCUUGCUCACUCGACGGUGAGCCAGGCGUGGUAUACUGUCAUACAGCCGCUCGACACUAUAUGGCUCAGUGCUCCAGACAAGUCAAUUAAUGCAUCGUAUUUGCCGUUCGGUGCGACGCAGACUAGCGUUUGGGUGAAUGACAAGUACGGCACACCUCGGGACCUGGUACUAGGCUAUGACAACGUAACUACUUACUUGGACCCGCCUUCUCGGUACUUCGGUCCCAUUGUGGGUCGGUACGCUAACAGGAUCAAAAACGGCACGUUCGAGCUCGACAACGUGACGUAUACGAUUGUCAAGAACGAAAAUGACGGCCUGGAUACGCUACACGGUGGUUCGAUCGGAUGGGACUCCCGGCCGUGGACCGUUGUAGCUUGGAGCGAGUCUAGCGUUACCUUCUACUUACAAGAUGUGGCUGGCAGCAUGGGAUUCCCCGCUACCGUCGAAGCAUAUGUUACCUACACGCUCUACAACGACGCGGCACUGACGAUUGAGAUUAACGCAACCGCCGAUGGCGAAACGCCGAUAUUGCUCUCGUCUCAUGAUUGGUGGAACCUGGAGGGUUACUAUUCCUAUGACGGCCAAAACUCGUCCAUCCUCAACCACACAUUCUAUACCCCAGACGUGACGUCGUACGUAGCGGCAGACGGCAUUCUAAUCCCCACGGGCGAGCUGCCCAGUGUUGAGGGCACGCCACUCGACUUCCGCACUGCUCGGACCAUUGGCAGCGAAUUCAAUGAAACUGUUGACGUCUGUGGUACUGGAUGCACAGGAUACGACACGUGCUUCGUCCGCGACCACAACGGUACGGACAGUACUCUGGCGCUUGAGCUGUACAGUCCAGCGUCGGGAAUCAAGCUCAGCAUAAGCUCGGAGCAACAUGCAAUCCAGCUGUACAGCUGCGACGGCCUCGACGGGACGAUCCCUGCGAAAGCGUCCCAGGGAGGGCUCGAUGGUGUUGUGUACAGCCAAUACAGUUGCGCGGUCUUGGAGAUGGAGGAGGUCAUAGAUGCGAUCAACAACCCAGAGUGGGGUAUCGAUUCUAUCUACGGCCCUGACCGUCCAUACACAUGGUCGGCAACAUACAACUUCACCAUUGUGUAG